AGUGACUGAAGUGCAAAUGCAAGGUAGACUCAAAUUCCACUAGUGCCUGGUAGAAACUAGAAAGGGGAAGACGAAACUGCUAGGGAAAAAUGAUGGGAUCGUCGUUAUCAUCCUCUGCGGCCGGAAUUCCGCCGUGGUGGGUUCAAUUCGAUAUUCAGAAGGCCGGAGUCUCCGCCGCAGCUAUCAGCCUCAGAACAACAGCCGGUUCUUUUCGCAUUGACUACCUUCUCCGCUCCUUCUUCAAGAAAUUUCCUCAUCUCAAUCACAUACCUAGAGUGAAGGAUUUGUGGUGUGAGAAAGCCUCCCAAAUUCAGGACUUCAAUUUACUCAAAACCUCAAACGAUUUAUUCGCUUCCACCAGUGCAUAUUGCCUUUGUCUUCUCCAUGGGACAGAAGAAGAGAAGAAUUCUGGAACUAAAAAACAAACGCAUUCGGAGACAUCUGGAAGAAAACCAUCUGGCGGAAGACUGUGCACAAACGUUCUUCUUGCUGUUAAUGUUCUAGUUUUUGCAGCUCAAAUUGCAACAGACGGAAAGCUACUGUUUAUGGGAGCUAAGGUCAACAGCCUCAUUGACAGAGGGGAAAUAUGGAGAUUGGUGACCUCUUCAUUUUUGCAUUCUGGCUUUUUGCAUCUCAUGGUCAAUUCUUGGUCCUUUGAACCUCUAAUUUUCUUUUUCGUCAUGGCUGGUUCGGUAAGGCUGAAAUGUGCUCUGCAAUCUGUCCAGGUUAACUGUUAUUCUUUGAAUUCGGUUGGCCCUACCAUUGAGAGUCUUAUUGGACCAAAGAGAUUUCUAGCAGUCUAUUUCACCUCUGCAAUUGCAAGUUCGGCAACAAGUUAUUGGCUGUGCAAAGGCCCCUCAGUUGGUGCCUCCGGAGCAGUCUUCGGAUUAGUAGGUCUUCUCAGACUCGAGAGAUAUGAAACUCUACUGAUUUCUUUGUGGGUUGGGUCCCUAGCUGUGUAUGUCAUGCGGCAUAAAACCAUGAUACGAGGUGGCAAACAGGAACUACAGUACAUAGCACAAAUGAUACUCCUAAAUAUGGUUAUUGGUCUACUUAACCCGCAAAUUGACAACUGGGGCCACGUAAUUAGGAGGGUUGUUGGUGGGAUCGCUACAUCAUGGGUGGUUGGACCUGCCUGGACAUUGGACUAUCUGUCCAAAGAUGGCCGCAGAGUUUUCAUCGACAGGGCACCCCUCAAAUCUCUCACCACAAGAAAAAGAAACGGGGUCCCCUAGGCUGCUGACCUUGCUAAAUUCCAAACUACAUGGAUCCCACCCUCAUAGUUCUUGUACCUGUAUUGCUGUUUCUUUUUGUUUUGGAUCGUCGACAUAUACAGAUUGAUAGACCAAACAGCGAUACAUCCAUAGGGAUUGUUUGAGCCCCCAUUUGUAUGUUGUGUUGUAUCCGAUUAGGCGAUUACGAUCAAUUCCAACCCGCUGUAUUCUGCAACUGUUGUUAUCAGCUGUAAAACAAUGGUUGUAUUCCUCAAUUCCAACCCGCUGUAUUCUGCAACUGUUGUUAUAGGUUGUAUUCUUCCAUGUUUACUGCAUUUCCAAGUGGGACGAUAUGUGUUAAUAACAUGGUU